UCUGUCGCCAAGUCAGCAGCGACAAUGGCUCUCUUGUUAAAGUCGUUUUUGACAAAUUCAAGGAUAUUUCCAGCAUGUUUGCGACUUCGCUCAACUCUCAGCUCUGAAAUGAUUGAAAACAUGGACAAGAAAGCCACCUGGGACCGCUUCUAUGUUGAAAACAACAGCAAGACGAGUCCAUUCAAGAACUUUGAGUGGUUUUUUGGCUUUGAAGCAGUGCAAAACAUCAUCCUGCCCUUAUUACAGAGCAGCACCAGUUUACAAGCCCCACUUCAAGUCCUGGAUAUAGGCUGCGGAACGUCUGCAUUGGGUCCAUCUGUGUACCGAAGCUGUUCUGUUCCAGUUCGGGUGACUUGCGGGGACAUUUCUCCUGUGGCCGUACGACUCAUGCAGGAGCAUGCCAGAGACGUUCCCCCUGGCAACCGCUUUUCACAGCUGGAAUUUGUGGAACUUGACUGUACGCAGCUGCAUAAACACUUUGGUCCUAGCAGCGUGGACCUCAUCGUGGACAAAGGCACCACAGAUGCUCUGUUGAAGUCCAAACAAGGGAAGACGAGCGCUGGAUUGGUGCUGAAGCAGUGUUUAAAGGCUCUCCGCCACUCGGGGUCUUUGCUCCAGUUCUCGGAUGAGGAUCCAGAUGCCAGGCUGGUUUGGCUGGAGACAGAAGCGCGGACAGCACGUGUUGGGGUACACGAAGUGGGAACACUGAGGGGAGUUUGUUACUUCUGCUAUCACGUCACUCCUCACUCAAGUGGACAGCACUGAGUGUAUGUCUGUGCAUCGUUUACCCAGAGGAAGGAAGCAAUACCGCCAUGAGCGAGGUUGGACGGGCCCCGGGGGAUUCUCGUGGAGUGUAUCUGGGGGUCAGUGAGGUAAGUCAGCCCUUUGCCGUUGGCGGUCACCCACCCUAUGAUGACGGGAAAUAUAUAUAUUUAUUUAUUUUUUUAAUGGAAAAAUAUGACAUGUCUCGCUUUGGCAAACACACCUUGCAAGUCAACGACAACGUCCUGGCAGUUGGAAUGGAGGUAGGUAAAAUGUCCAAAAGCGAGGCCGUAUUCCGUCGCCGGGAGAGUGUCGUUCGUCUUUUUGCUGUUGUUGGUGAGUUUGACAAAUUGGCCUAGCAUGUACGGUUCUACGGUGAUGCAGCCGGCAAUUUCAUCUCCGGCCAAAAUCUGCUCAGAGGUCAAACAUGCCAGUUGUUUUCAGUCAAACGUGUUCUCGGUAUGAUUCGGGCUCACCAGCAGCGCCUCUGAAGGCAGGAAGAACAUCUGGGCCAUGACAUCCUUUUCGUAGAGGCGCUUGUUGAAUUCUGUCACAUAGUACUGAGCCGUCAUCUGCCUCUCCACGUCGGUCAGGUGAAAAUGGAUCUGCGUCGGCUUCCGGUAGUCCUUCCCGACAUAACUGCGGAUUGGCACAAAGUCAGAAGUAAUUGAGAAAGUCUAUCUUGGUUUUUAUUUUAUGCGCACUUGCUCAGCCUUUCUUCCUGGUGUAAGAACUGGACCCAGAUGGCAUUUCUGUGAGUGCCGUGCAAGCCCAUUGACUGACCGAUAUAGACGCAUGUCUCCCUCGCGGUCCAGAGACCCGAGGCUUUGGAAAACUUUAAAUGAAGCGCAUCUGGCAGAAGUGACAGUCGUUACAAUCAGUGGAAUAGACAGAGAAUGCAUGAAUGAAUGAAACCUACUGUGGGCAAUGUCGUAGUGCUCGAGUUUGAACUUGGUUUUCUCACUGCCGAGUCUCUUCAGUAGACAGUCGUGGCAAACCCCAGCUAGGAGGCUGCGGUAGUCUUCCUGAGACAAGGAGUACUGCCUCGCCGAACCAACAGAAGCCAGGAAACUACUCUUGACGCAGCUGUUGCACCAAGGGUUCGAUGCUUGAGGACCAAUGAUCAGUUCUUCUGGUGUCCCGUCGGAAUUUUCCGUAGAGGGUUCAGUUGUAUUACAACUCCCGUUAUCUGCAUUAGGGGUCUCCUGCGGUUUGGUCAUGCCCAAGAAUUCCCAGUCAGUAGCAGGGUCAUACUCUGGAUCGCUGCUUUGGCAAUCUUGAGUUCUCAUGAGAAAGAAGCUCCCACUCGACUCAGAUGAUUUGCUGCUCUGGCCAGACCUCGAGAUGUUUUCCCAUGAUGACUUGGAGCCAAAACUAUUGCUGAGAGAGCUUGAUCUGAGUACCAGGUGGGAUAAGGACUGCGGGGAUCCGUACUUCAAUGGCUCUAAUUGGCUUUGGUCAUCAUCCGGAGUAUCAGAGUCCACUGUUGGUAUUUCAGCUUCUACCAUUUGAAACUUGCCAGAACUGCGACUCGAACUAGAAGACAAUGUGGUGGUAGGUCUUUGCGGUCCUAGAAAAGUAGGGCUGCCAACAUUCUCCUCAGGUGCAGCGGCGCACCUUGCUGACCCAGAACUUGUCAAGGAAAGCUUCCUCCAGGAAGAACUAAGACUGUUUGCACUUGCGGCAUUGGUGGGGUGCUCAGGCUGUUGAGAAACAUCAGAGCUUGAAGUUUUGCAGGCAUCGGGGAUACUUUCAGUGUUAAGAGCAUCCACAGUGGUCCCGAAUGCUGUUAUGCACAUCCUUGCUCCGUCGACGUCAUCUUUCCCGGCAUUACACUUGACCUCCGUGGCGUGACACAGGGACAUGUGAUACUUCUGAAAUCUCUGCAUCACCUUGGAGAAAACAUCCAAAGUAAAGCUAACUAAAGUGUCGUUCAAGUUUCUAAAGCUAUCUGGUAUAAAAGAGCAGCUUUCGGAAUUAACGAACGGCUCCACGCGCAGCUCCGUCUUGACUUGAGACAUCAGCUGCAUAAUUUCUGUACAGAAGCCGCUUCUGUCUCGACUGUCUGCUCGGGAGUAAUGGUAAAAUUCAGUCAAAGCCUUUUGGCAAGCCUGCGUUGCUCGCAUUACGGCCUCAGAGGGUCCGUUGAGCCAUUUGUGAGCGACAACUAGCGAAUAAGCUGCCUUGAUUAAGGUGUGCAGCUCCUGCUUACUGGUGACCGCUUGGCCUUCUUCUUUUGUUAGGAGUCCCACUUCAAAUGCCUCCUUGGCUUGUAAGAGGAAGGCUGUCCUCUUUGUUUGGGGACAGGCUUCAGAGAAACUGUACGACAACAAGCAGGACCCUUGUGCUGUCUGAAAGAGGAAGAAGAAUAACUUCCCCUGUCAUGUUAGGUCACUUUCCCUAUCGUGUACUGCAAGUAAAACAUACCACAUUUGUCAACACGUAGAGCGGCGUGUAUUGGCUGUAUACCACCGCCAUUUGGGCUACCUUGGCCGCAGACAAAAGACGAUGGGACGCAUCCGCAAGCAAAGACUGCGCAAGAAAACAGAAAAAUACAAACAAUACAGUUCCAGAGUUGGACGAAUUGAGUUUCACUUACUAAAUCAAUGUCUGGGUUGCUAUGGAAAGCAUGAAAGUCCUCAUCGUUCAUGGACAGCAGUAUAUUAGCUAAGAUGCCAAGAGAGGUUCCGAUACCCUGUGAGGUAAAAAGUUUAUCACAAGAUGAAAAGUAGUUUAAAAUCUCGUCAGAAAUGACAAUUCUGACCUUUUUAUCCGGCUGCGGCAACACGUAGUACCCGACUAGAGAAGCCCAGAUGAGCUGUGCGGCUUCCAGCCACAGGCCUGAAAGAGUAUUUACCGUGGGGCAAAUCCGUAUUUAG